CGAAAUUCGAUGCUGUGUGUAAGAUAGCUUUUCCCUACCAGUGUUGCCACAUGGAACAUAGAAAUGAGUAAUAAAUUAUGUACAGUUUAGACAAUCAGAAACAUUUUCUUUUGCAUAGUCCAAAUUAUUUGUUAUAUUUAGUGUCCAAUGAGUGCCCCGAACAAAGAAAUCGUCAAAGGGAGUUUGACAGCACAGCAAAUUAGACAAAAACACCAAUAUGUACGCCUGAUAAUGUUAUUAAGAAGAAGAGUCUAUUUCCCAAGGAAGACGAAAAGUGAUUACUCCCUGACCCGCAUCAAUUUCAAUUCCACUGAUGCUUCCAUGGCCGAUUCGCUGCCCACCGGGGCGACUGCAACUCGCCUACCUGCCGGAGCAACUUGCAGCUGUCGUUCCAUUUCGGGACGCCCGAAACCCGCUGCCAUCGCCUCGGAAUCAACCCAAACCAUAGCUUCCACCGAGGACAUGGGCACUCAAACCGUCUUCCAAACGGAUCCCAAUGAGGAUUUCGAUUGUGGCCAAGAUGCAUCCACCCAAUCGAUGCUUAAUAUGCAUGAUGUAGAGACUCAAUCGAUUCCAGUAUCGUCCAAAAACCUUAACAGCAUACAAACGCAAACGGACUAUGAAGAACCAAAAACUGUCCGUUUUCCGUUGAAAAAAUAUUCGAAGACUGAGCAUGAAGAAAAAAGACCUAGAAAAUCGAAUACUUCAUUGCGCAAAUGUUUUUUCAAGCGCCCAUUAAUCGUAGUCAAAGGCGGCGCUCUUAUAUCUUCCGAUUUUACAGCCAAUAUCCAUCAAAGUAGAAUGGAGAACGUAUCUGUCACUACCAGAAAAGAAGAUAAAGAAACACAAUAUGAAAACCAUUUUGGGACACAAUCAAAUAGUUCAGACGAUCAGCCUUCAGAUCCUUCAACGUGUUCAAAAAUCCUCGAUAGAGUUCAGAAACUGGAAGCCAUAAUGAAGAGACAGGAGCUUUUUCUAAGGGAUCUACAGGGCUCUGUGAAAUCGUGGAAGGUCCAGGAAUGCAAACCCUCUGAUUGUAGGAUCAUAUUUCAAGGUAAACCGGAAGCAUGUGAAUUGCCAAAAAAACUAGAAACAUCUGAUCAGGCAUCACAGAUAAACGAUAUACACGAGGAACGCAAAUUGCCAAUAAAACCGGAAGGUUUUAACCAGUCAUCCCAGAAAAAAUAUACAGCUCGUUCCGAGGAACAAAAGUUGCCAAUACAACCUGAACCUUUUAACCAGUCAUCCCAGAAGAAAUAUACAGCUCGUUCCGAGGAACAAAAGUUGCCAAUAAAACCUGAACCUUUUAACCAGUCAUCCCAGAAAAUAUAUACAGCUCGUUCCGAGGAGCGAAAAUUGCCAAGAAAACCUGAAAAUGUUGAUCAGGCUACACAAAAAAAAGAUACAGCUAAUUGCGAGUGCAAAACGCUAUCCAAAGAAUUUAUUCAAAUAUUUUUGAAGCCUGAAACUGCUCAAGAAAAGCAGAAAUCAAAUAAUUCUCAACGCACCACAGAUACCCCAAUAAACUCGGAAAACUCAACUGGUCUACAAUGCAGUAGAGAAUGUAAUGGAAGUUCUAGCAAAGACAAUCGGAGAUGUUGUAAGGCGAAUGGAUAUGAAAUGCAUCUGAAAGGUGACCAAUUCCCAACUGCUAAACAAUGCUUAAAAGAUACCGAAAAUUUUCUAGAACAAUUUAAUCGGGUUUUUGCUAAAACAAAAAGCGAAGAAACACUUUCCGACAAGUCUAGAAAUACUUCAGCUUUCUCUGCAAAUCCCACGAAACAAAAUGAUACUGAACAUGGGGUUGAAAACUUACUGGGUGAAAUUGUUAAAAAACCCAAAUCAAAGGUUUCCUCCACAUCUUGCUUGGAGGCAAAGAGUUCCGAACAAUCCAAUAAAAGUGUAGAGAAGGAAUUAUACAAAUCCUUUAUUGAACAGCUUAUUAGUCAUUUCACAAAAUCCAAGUCGUGUGAAAAUAAUCAGGCGCAGAAUGCCCAAUCAGAGUCCUACUCAUUCGAUCGCUUACUGCCGGAAUUCGUAAAAAUGUUUACGAGAUCCAACAGCCUCGAGGAGGACAGACCCAAAAAAGUGAGCAUAUCAGAGAAGAAAACCAUUUUGGGUGCCAAUCCGAUGACCAGCUUCAAUUGUUCGAAAACUCCUCAUAAUAUUAAAUCCACUGCACUGAAAUCGGAACUUAAGACGUCGGAUAUGGAAUUGGAUGCGAACGGACGUAGGGGUUCCUGUCAACUAGAAGGAGAAUCUAAACCAAGUGCAAUUUUUAGGAACACCCAGCGGAUGAAUAACCCGCCACGUGGUUGUCAAUACUGUGGCGAUGGCAGUCUGCCCAUUCUGGAUUCCUUGAUGGAUGAAAUAUUUCGGCUAAUUGGGCAGCGGCCCUUCGAUGACGUGGUCCUUACCAUACUGCGUCAAGAGGAUAAUGUCUACCACAUCAAGGUGCGUGAGAUGGCAACCGGCAAGGACCUAGGCUGCAUUCUGGGAAGUGGGAGGGCCAUCAACCAAGCUAUCGGGAUAGGAUUAUUCGAGGACAUUCCCACGUUCUGUGAGCUGGACAAAAACAGGCAGUACGAUCCCAGGGACUGUCCACUGGACGAACUUUGCCGUCGGCAGUGCGGCGGUGAGAUUGCACCAGAUGGAAGUGCCGACAAGGAAAGGGUCGUCGAAUUUUGCACUCGUGUGCUCGGUCUGCCCGCUGGACAAGCGUCCCGCUUCUUCUCCGUGACCAAUGCCCUCAAAAUGGGAAAUCGAGAACUAACUGGCCGAGGAGCGGUCACUAGUAGCUUGGUUGACAAUUUUUCUUCUAAGGAUUUGAGCGAUGUGGCCAAGACAUCCAGUUUAUUCCUACGCAUUAUUUCUGGCCAGUGUAAUGACGUUCAAGAUGAUGAAUAGGAUUCAUCAUAUGGGUUCGAUAGCCAUAAUGCACUUUAGCUUUCAUACCAUUUAAAUUUCCCUUAAGACUUUGUAACAACAUUUUUCUAGAAUUUUUUUUUAUGAAAAUAUAUUGUCUUAUUUUAUU